AUGACGCAAGACUUUGCACCUCUCAAGAACGACCUGUUGCUUCGCACAGCAUGGGGCCAGACCGUUGAGCGCCCUCCUAUGUGGGUUAUGCGACAAGCUGGCCGUUACCUCCCCGAGUACCACGAAGCCAAGGGCAACCGAGACUUUUUCGAAUGCUGCCGUGACCCCGAAGUUGCAACAGAAAUCACCCUUCAACCCGUUCGCCGAUUCGCAGGCCUCAUCGAUGCCGCCAUUAUCUUUUCCGAUAUUCUGGUCAUCCCACAGGCCAUGGGCAUGACUGUCGAAAUGGUUGACAAGAAGGGCCCGCACUUCCCCGAACCGCUCAAGAGUCCCGAUGACGGACAGUACAGCCAGGUUCUCGCCAAAGAUGUCGAUGUUGCUGCUGAGCUCGGCUACGUCUAUGACGCCAUCACACUGACACGCCAGAAGCUUGAUGGCCAGGUGCCAUUGAUUGGAUUCUGUGGUGCUCCCUGGACGCUGUUCUGUUAUAUGGUCGAGGGAGGAGGUACCAAGCUGUUUGCACAGGUCAAGACAUGGAUCUACAAGUACCCCGAGGAGGCAAAGAAGCUUCUGUCCAAGAUCGCUGAUAUUUGUGUCGAACAUCUGGCUCUGCAAGUAAAGGCUGGUGCUCAGUUAGUGAUGGUCUUUGACUCAUGGGCAGGAGAGCUUGGGCCUGCGUCCUACCGCCAGUUUUCUGAGCCGUACCUCAAGCAGAUCGCAGAGAAGCUUCCUGCUAAGAUUCAGAGCCUGGGUCUGGAAAAGGUGCCCAUGACCGUGUUCCCCAAGGGCGCUUGGUACGCACUCGACUCUGCCUGCAACUUGGGAUACAACGUCAUUGGAAUGGACUGGCUGCACGACCCCAAGGAGGCUGUCAAGAUUCGAGGCGACCGCAACAUCGUCUUUCAAGGCAACGCUGACCCCGGUGUGCUUUAUGGCACCAAGGAGGCUAUCACCAAGGCCGUGGAAGAGAUGGUCGAGGGCUUCUGGGUUGGAGACAAGGGCUGGAUUGCCAACCUUGGUCACGGAAUCACCCCUGGCGUGAACCCCGAUCACCUUAAGCACUACUUUGAGGAAAUCCACCGCCUCACCAAGAAGAACUGA